AUUGCCAAGUGACUGCGGCCGAGCGAUCUUGCCGCGAUGGCCGACUACGAGUACACGCACGUGUCUGACGACGAGAAGCUCAAGAUCGCCAACCAACUCUUGCUCUCGGCACCGCCGGGCGAGAUCCGCGACGUGGCCAAAGAUGUGACCAAACUCUUGCCCGCUGGCCUCUUGUCGGACGCCAAGCUUCGCAGUGCGAUGCAUGCCUACAACACGAAGAACUGCGUGGGCGUCAUGGCGCCCGAAGGCACGCACCGCGUCAUCAUCUGCAAGGAAGGCGAGGUCGACCCCACACACUACUUGGAUACGAAGACGAAGAAGGUGUGGGGCUUUGACCAUGUGACGCAAGAGCUCCAAGCCCAUGACGCGCGCGACGCCGCCGAUAUGUUUGUGCUGCCGGCAGAGCCGUUCCGCCUGGCGGUGCACCAAGCGCUUGACGACUACGCCUUUACGCAGUUUGCCAACCAAGGUGCGGUGGCCGUCUAUGCGACUAGCCCCAACGAGCUUGCGAUUGUGCUCUCGACAGAGCGCGUGAACCUUCGGAACUACUGGUCGGGGCGCUGGAAGUCUCAGUGGACGCUCAACCUUGAGACGCGGGCGCUCACCGGCACGAUCGACCUUCACGUGCACUACUACGAAGACGGCAAUUUGCAGCUGCAGAGCCACAAGACGACCGAGAAGACGUUGACCUUCCACGACGCAUCGACUGUCGGUGCGGCCGUCGUCCAGGUCAUCCGCGACGAAGAGCACGUGAUCCAUAGCAACCUCGAAGACAUGUACAUCAACAUGUCGGAAGAAACGUUCAAGGAAAUGCGUCGCGUCAUGCCAGUGACGCAAACCAAGAUGGAGUGGAGCAUCCACGCUCAUCGCACGGCCAAGGACCUCGGUCAGCAAAAGUAGGCAGGCGCUUUUCAAUCCAUACUCUGUUUUCUGCGCGCCCC